AUGUAUAUCCCUCAACCCUACCAAGUCAGCGAUGUCGCUCAACAGGUGGAGCUUAUCGAAAAUAACCCGCUUGGGAUCAUGUUCAGCCAUGCUCCGGAAUCGAAUGGUCUUUUGAACUACAUAAAGCCGUCUGCUGUAUCAAUGAAUGCCACGCAUGUCCCUUUUGUCAUUGUAAAGGACCAGCAAACUGAUAAAUAUCGGUUGUUAGCACACCUGUCAAAAAACAAUCAGCACGCAGAGUUGUUAGAGAAGCAGCCGGAGUGUUUGGUGGUGUUCCAGGGCCCCCAAAGUUACAUUUCCCCCUCUUGGUAUCCACUCAAAAAAAAAACUCACAAGUUUGUACCUACUUGGGACUACAGUGCUGUACACGUCUAUGGAAAGGCUAAAAUCAUUCGAGAUGACAAGGAUUGGCUCCUUGGAAUGCUCAACACGGUGACCGAUCAGGAAGAAGGCAAAAGACCCGAAGGUCCCGACUUCGAAGAAAAGUGGACUGUCUCUGACGCGCCCUCCAACUAUAUCGAUGCCAUGCUUAGAGGGAUUGUGGGACUUGAGGUAGAGAUUGACAGAUUUGAGUGCCAAGUGAAGGCGCAUCAGAAGCAAGAUGUGGUCAAUGUCAAGGGGGUUUCAGAAGGUUUGGUCAAGGAAUGUGGCGCAAAGGGGGAAGCUGUAGCUAACGUCAUGCUAAGCCAACAUCACAAGAAAGAUGAACUGCAGGCAGCUCAGACUAAUAAAUCCGCCUGA